CAAAGCUUAGCAUCUUUAGAGGGCAACUUGGCAGUGCAAGUGGUGCGACUAACAAGACCUUGCAACAUGAAGAGUGGCGCACUAUUAUGUUGUAUGUCUUGACCAACCUAUCCGAAGUGGAGCCGUACAUGCAGGAAUUCAAUGAGCAAUUCUGGCAUGAAUCAAGGGAACCUACCCUCGAGGAAGCUUCGGCCCUUCUUAGAGAUGGUGUGGGAAAUGACAUGCCCGAUUUCAUUUCUUGGUUCAAACAGAAAGGAACAACCGACGAGUCUAUGAGUGCCGACUUGAGACAAGUUGCUGAUGGUUGUGCCUAUAGGGUCAGGUCAUUUAAGGCUUACGACGUGAAUGGAUAUCGCUUCCACACAGCAAGCCACGAGCAGAGUCGGCCCAAUCGUAGAACAACAAAUACCGGAGUUUUUACUCCAGGCUUAGAUGGGGCUGAGUACUACAGAAGAAUUGAAGAAAUAUACGAACUGAAUUUUGAUGGGAGCAAACCUCUGAAUCCCGUCAUAUUCAAAUGCCAUUGGUUCGAUCCAGAAGUAACUGUAUUUGAAAUUACACUGAUGCAACACCAUGUUGCCCUUCCUCCUGGUUCUAUGGAAAAAAUAAGCUACAUUGCUCCUGUUGAAUCCGGGGAGUUCGUCGAGGAGGAGGAGGAGGAGGAGCCGAGAGUUCAAGACUUCGAGUAG